UGGUCACUGAUUUGAAAUUUGAAUACGGUAGUAAGUUAUCCUGCAGUGUCGUACUUCGUUAUGGCUACUAUAUUUCCGGUUUUUCUUACUUCAUAUUCCCCAUUAAGGACCUCAUUUUAAGUCCAUCGCUCUGGUUUCUGUCAGUCAAUUCGAAUGCCUUAAGAAUCUUGCAUUCACGAUCAAGUAAUUUACCAAUUAUCAUAUUGAUUGGUAUUUAGUUUAGAGGUAAAAUAUGAACUAUCGGAGGUUCUUAUCAUGGUCACUUAUUACUUUGGGAUGUGAUUGUUGUUAAUUUAAUGGUCAUUACUUGCUCACAAUAGUGUAGCUAUAGCUACAUAUGUAAUGAUGAGUUUGUUCGCGGAUUCGUUCUUCGAAAUAUUCUAUAGUCCUGUUUCUGUAGUCAAAACAAAAUUUAAACUGUCCAACGACUAUAAAGUGGAAAUGUAGUCAAGUGUUUAAGAUAUGGGUAAUUCCUGACUUGUAUUGGACUAUUAAUCUGUAUAUUUGGAUUAAUAAGGAAAAACAAAAUGCGUCUUGGUUGAUAGUUUUAUAGCUACUCUGAAUUUUAUAUCGUCGUUUUUUUCAGGACAGUUCAUAGUCACUGUCACUACUUGGCAUAAUAAUAACCCGUAAUGUAUUACAAUGGAAAUCUUUGUUAGGAUUUACCUAGAGCACUCACAAUAUUAGUUAUCUGAAUGCUAACUGGGUUCUACUCAUAAGUGAGUUAAGACCAACCGAGACAUUACAUAUUAAGGUUCAUCUGUGGUGUCGUAACUGCAUCCGUAGCCGGUCAGUAGUUCAUGGGGUGCUUAGUCAGCUCUGUCAAAUCACACUUAGAGUUAAGUCUAAGUAGUCUUUAUCAUUCAGCGGUCUGUUAUUUGGUAAUAAACGUCACUACCAAUUUCUUGGUUACUAUAUUAAGUUGUCGGCACAAAAUAUGCAACAAUGCAUUGCAUGCUUGUCCUAUAUCCAUUUGGCCUGUGAAUGUCCAAAGAAUAAUGUAUGAGUUCUUUAACAGUGAUUAACUGUCAUUUAUGUCUAUCUAAUAACUAGUUUUGCUCUUAUGAAUUUCUUCCGAACAUAAUACAUUUGGUACUUGGUUCCAACUCCCAUAACUUUUGUUUCUACAAAGUACAGACAAGAAAAAAGGUAUUGUAGACGGCACAAUGGUUCCUGUAGAUGUCUUUUUUAGUAAUUAUUUUCUUGAAUAUUUUCUAAAUAUACAAAAGCGCAUGAGUUGAUGGUAACCUAGAUCUCAUCAUCUGAAGGGCAAACAUUCACUCCAUAAUAUACAAAAAGGUGACAUCACUUUACCUCAGACAGUCAAAAUCGAGUGACCCUUUUUUCUCUUUCCAAAUAUAUCUCACUGGACUAUACUCCUUAAAUAACAUCCUCAAACCCUAAUUUUUCUGAUUACUGCUUAUAAUUUUCCAACCCCUACCACUACGGGAUUUGAAUCGACAACUGCAUCUCUGUGACAAUCACAGAGGAAUCAGUUUGACUAAUAUAGUGUAUAAAAUAUUAGCUUCAAUAAUACUUCGAUGCCUAACCAAAGCUCGUGAAGAACAGACUAGAGAAAAUCAGGCUGGUUUUCGACCUGGACGUGGUUGUAUAGACCAGAUAUUCACGCUACGUCGGGUCCUAGAACACAGACACACAUUCAGACGCCCCACAAUGGUAGUAUUUCUCGACCUUAAGGCGGCAUUCGACUCUGUUGAUAGUGAGGUUCUAUGGCAGUGUUUGUCACUGAAAGGAGUACCAAAGAAGUACAUUAACCUUGUAAAGGCUCUCUAAUCGAACACAACUGGUAGAGUGAGAGCUUAUGGCGAACUGUCAUCAGAAUUGAUUACCUCAAGUGGUGCUCGUCAGGACUGUCCACUCUCUCCAUUCUUGUUUAACUUGGUCGUCGACGUGCUUUUAGAGAUGACGCUUUCCUCAUCUGACUUUCCAGGGGUUGAACUUCUACCAGGAGAUUCACUUGUUGACUUGGAAUAUGCCGAUGACAUAGUUCUAUUUAGUGAAGACGCUGACAAAAUGCAGUCUUCUGACCACUCUAAGCAACAAUGCAAACAUGUUCGGCAUGCGAGUCUCCCCCUCGAAAUGCAGAAUUUUGCUUCAGGAUUGGGUUGCAUCAGCGCCCGAACUAAUGAUAGGGAGUGAAGUAAUUGAGUGUGUCGACCGCUUCAUUUAUCUUGGAAGUCUCAUCAGCCCUUGUGGUCUGGUGUAUGACGAAAUCUCAGCACGGAUACAGAAGGCUCGACUAGCUUUUGCCAACCUGCGUCACUUAUGGAGUAGGCAAGAUAUCCGUUUACCAACCAAAGGACGUGUUUACUGCGCAGCAGUUCGUUCUGUCGUACUUUGCGGCAGUGAAACGUGCCCGGUAAGAGUAGAGGAUAUUCCUAGGCUACUAGUAUUCGAUCAUAGAUGUCUUCGAAACAUUGUUCGUAUAUCCUGUAACCAUCGAGUAAGUAAUGCAGUUGUUAGGAAACAGGUACUAAGUAAGGAUGGCAAAUCAAUUGAUGACGUAGUGAAACUUCAGCAGUUGAGAUGGCUGGGACACGUGUUACGUAUGCCCAACCACCGACUGCCUCGAUGUGCUAUGUUUUGUUGUAUAGGAGUAGAUUGGAAGAAAGCUAGAGGCGGCCACACCAAAACAUGGCACAAAUCGAUAAAGUCACUGACAAGUGGACUGAGUCAUGUUGGUAGGUGCAGACUACCUGGUUGGGGAUCGCGAGAUGAUAGCAACCGAUGGUUAGAGAUCCUGAAUUACAUACCUCAAAAUCGUUUGCAAUGGCGCAGAUGCAUCCACUCUUUGUGUUCUCCCAAAUUCUAAUCUUCUGAAUUCUUUAUGUCCCUUUUCUUUUGUCUUUCCAAAUUUAUUUCACUGGAUUAUACUCCUUAAAUAACAUCUUCAAACCCUAAUUUUUCUGAUUACUGCUUAUAAUUUUCCAACCCCUACCACUACGGGAUUUGAAUCGACAACUGCAUCUCUGUGGUAAUGUGGUGUGGCAACUCGAACUGAUGUACGUACGUACGAAGUUCUACGUUGUUACUGACUGGCUGACUGACGCUGCAUGAGGGGCAAAUCAAAUGACUGAUUCACAGUUGUGCUUGCUUAUUUUCGUAUGAUGUACCAAACAACACGAAGCGUUUAUAAACAACCAACCAAAAAUAUUUUUAUUCGUCAUUAUUUGCAUUAAGAAACUCACUCCAGCUGUCAUAAUUCGAUUCUCUUUAACUGAUAUGUUCUAUUUAACAAACAGCAUACCAAAUCUCUUACAAAUUAUUCUAUAAUGCGAAGACGACAACUCGUUUCAACCAGUUUAAUAGGUGAAUUUGUACACUUUAUACACUAUAUCAAUCAUUAUAGUGUGGAUAAACUCUAAUCGUAGCUGUAACCUUGAUGUGGUUAUCGGGCUUAAAAAUCGUAACGACCCAACCAAGCUACAUUGGCUGGAACACGUGUUACUUUACGUCCGACCAUCCCAAGCAUAUAGAUUGGAGAGCAGUAAAACGAAACUCAUCGUCUGAAGGCAACGUCUUACUUCUUAUCAUAGAGAGGUGUGACGACAUCACUCUUUACCCCAGACAGUCAACAUCUAAAGCUAUCUUACCUUCCCACAACGGAAGGAGGCAUCAGGAACGUCAACUGUGGAAACAAAACACACUACCUUGUCUCACGGAUUCCCAAAAUAGACAAACAUCCUUGAAAAGUAUGGAGCUAGCACCUCUAAAACUACUCACUAAAAGGUCGUGUUUGUCCAGCUCCAAUCAGUUAUUGCUUAAGUAAUUGUAAUCACGCUUCCAAGUCACUAACGUCACUAAAAACCCGAUUUCCGUAUCAGGUCCCUCCAAAGGAGUAUCUUUUUAUGGUAUGGAGUGACAACUUAACUACUAAGUUGUAACAGUUAUAUUUUUGGUCAAAAUUUGUCUGCUCUUACUCUUAUUUUGUCUUUCAAAAGCAGAUCUUUCCUGGAUAAGUAUCUUCAAACAUUUAAAUUCCAGGCGUGUUAAAUAAGUUUUCACUAUGCAAGUAGAGUAUAAAUUCGAUGUGGAUUAUGCCAAAAGUAACAGAUCUAAGUGCAAUAAAUGCAGAGUUGAAAUCGACCAAAAUUCUCUGCGUAUCGCCAUGUUGGUACAAGCACCAAAUUUCGACGGGAAAAUCCCCAGAUGGUUUCAUUACGAUUGUUUCUGGAAAUCGAAAGCGCAUGUUGAGAGUACUGCUGAGAUUAAACAUUUCGAUUCCAUUCGUUGGGAAGAUCAAGAAAAAAUUAGAUCUGCAAUCAAUAGUGAAAUCGGUUCUUUAAAGCCAACCAAAACCCGUAAAUUCACUGUGAAGUUAUCAGAUGGGGAUUUAUCGUGUACUCAUUGCCAGAAACCACUAAAGCAUGAACGUCAUACAGUAUGUGAAUCUGGGAAAAAGCCAACAUUCAUGUGUCACCUAUCCUGUUUUCUUAAAAGUAAUGAGUGUCCAGAGGAUAUUUCACAACUGAUAGGUUUUCGUAAAUUGUCGACUGUCGAUCAGGAUGCAGUUGUUUUGGCAUUUCGUGAAAACUCAAAGGAAAAUCGUAAACGUCCUGGACAACAAACUGAACAAGAUUCAAAAUUGAAAAAACCUAAAUUAAAUGGAGAUGUUGAACAGGAUGAAUUACGUAAACAAAAUAAAUUAUUAUGGAGUUUAAGAGAUAAACUAGAAAGUCAAGUAUCCAAAGAAGCAUUAAUUGGUUUAUUGGAAUACAAUAAACAACAUGUUCCAUCUGGAUUAUCUCGUCUAUUAGAUGCAGUUGCUGACGCUAUGAUAUUCGGUGCUCUACCAUAUUGUCCUAGUUGUAAAAAUGGACCAUUACAUUAUAGUAAUGGACAGUUUAAAUGUAGUGCUAUGGCAACUGAAUGGGUUCAAUGCCUUUAUUAUACACGGACACCUGAUCGAAGAAAGUUUAAAAUACCUGAGGAAUAUCAUGAUGUUGAUUUUUUAAAAAAUUACAAAUAUGUUAAGCGUACACGAUUAUUUCCACCUGAUUCAGUGUCUGAUGUUACUGGUCCAUUAACUGGCCUGUUUUUCUACAUUACAAAUGGACCAUUCGACAGCGGAAAAACAAAAGAACAAUUAAUACGUGAAUUGGCCAAUCUAGGUGGUGCUAUUAUGAGUAAGCUCAGUGUUAAUUCAAUUGUUGUCUCCACAUUGAACGAAUUGGAACAAAUUCAAAGUGAUAAUAAUGAUACGAAUAAAACUUACUCGAAAGAAGCUCUGACAACUGCACGUUCUUAUGGUUUACGUGUCAUUAAUGAACACUUCUUAUCAGAAUUCAAUCCUAACAGUUUGGACUCUAAAAAAUUGGAAUCGAAAAUCCAGCAACUCUUAGCCAAAUAUACAAUAUCCAAUUGGGAGGUGAAGGCUCGUGCAUUAAAAGUUGAGAAAGAGGUGAAAAAUUUACUAUUGAAUGAUGAUAACGGUGAACAAGAAAUGAUGCGAAUGAUAAUGAAAAAUGGUGCAGUGGUCGAUCCUCAAUCAGAACUGGUCAAUAAAGCCACAGUAUUGAAAGAUGAGAAGGGAGAAUUCAUGACUGCUGUACUCGGUAUGGUUGAUUUAAUCAAAGGUUCCAAUUCAUUUUACAAACUUCAAGCGCUUCAAUCUGAUAAAUCAUCACGUUGUUGGGUAUUUCGCGCAUGGGGUCGUAUUGGUACAUCGAUUGGUGGCACUAAAAUUGAAUCGUUUCCUAAUGCCACUUCAGCUCGUUCAACAUUCAAAGAGAUUUAUUUUGAAAAAACUGGCAAUGAAUGGGAGGAUCGUAAAAACUUUCGUAAAAUGCCACAUAAAUUCUAUGAGUUAGAAUUAGAUUAUAACUCUUCAAAGAAGAAUGAAAUUCAAACUAUCAGUAAUAUACCAUGUAAACUACACCCGGCUCUACAGUCGCUCUUAAAAUUUAUUUGUGAUGUUAAAUCUAUGGAAAAAACAAUGGCGGAGUUUGAACUUGAUCUAAGAAAAAUGCCUUUGGGUAAACUGUCUAGUAAUCAAAUUCAUGAAGCUUAUGAUGUAUUGAAUUCUCUCAGUAAACUUGUUAGUUCACGUCCUUCUACUAAACAACAAUCUCAAACAUUGGAUCGAACACAAAUACUAAGUGAAUCUACACGUUUCUAUACAUUGAUCCCGCAUGAUUUCGGUUUCAAAACACCACCAAUGUUAGAUAAUAAGAAAAUUAUUACCAAGAAAAUACGCAUGUUAGAAGAUCUGUUAGAAAUUGAAUUAGCUUAUAAAAUGCUACAAACUAAAGGAGAUUCUAAACGUAAUCCAUUGGAAGAGCAUUAUGAACAGUUGCAUACUAAAUUAGAGCCUUUAGAUAGUAAUUGUGAAGAUUAUAAAUUGAUUUUGGAUUAUGUACGUGAGACUCAUGGCGCUACACAUACACAAUAUACACUCGAAGUAUUAAAUAUCUUUGAAGUACAUCGUGAUGGAGAGGAUAGUCGUUUUGCCAAGUGUAAAAUUGCUCAACAUAAUAAACAGUUGUUAUGGCAUGGUUCACGUCAAACAAAUUGGAUGGGUAUAUUAUCUCAAGGUUUACGAAUUGCACCGCCUGACGCUCCAGUUACUGGUUAUAUGUUUGGCAAAGGUAUUUAUUUCGCUGAUAUUGUCAGUAAAUCAGCUAAUUACUGUUUUACGACACAAUCUCAACCGGAAGGACUCUUACUAUUAUGUGAAGUUAUCCUAGGUGAUAUGAAUGAAUGUUUACAAGCGGACGCGAGUGACUUGCCACCAAACUAUCAUAGUCGUAAAGGCAUUGGGUCAGUUACUCCGGAUCCGUCGACAUUUCACACCAAUAAAGAUGGUGUUGUUUAUCCUAUUGGUAAACCGAUUGAUUCAAAUGUAGCAAAUACCACUUUGUGUUAUAAUGAAUACAUUGUAUACCAUGUAUCACAAGUGAAACAAAAAUAUUUAGUUCGAGUGAAAUUUCAUUACAAAUGAACAAGAACGAAAUUGUUUUUUGGUCACAGCUAAAAAUUGUCAUCUCAAUUACUCUAUUUCUUAUAUCAAUCGUUUUGCUCAUGGUGUGUGUACGUGUCGUUGAUUAAUCUCGGUGCGUUUAUUACAUACAAUCAAUUUUAUUAUUCUCCGGUGUCUGAAUCAUUUCGAGUAUUCUUUUCAUUUAUCUUUGUUGCAUUUAAGACUAAUAGUAUUAUUAUUUCCAUUAUUAUCAUCUAUAGAGCUUAACAUAUAUACAUUCGUAUCAUUCAUUUGAACUCCUGAGAUCAUUUCACAGAGUCAAUAAAUCAAUCAAAUACGUUCAUG